CAAAAUGGACAACAACAUGGGGCGCAGCCUGCAAGUGGUGGACGUGAACAGCGACCAGCGAAGUGAAGCUGUUGGCCUACAUUUCACCUGAUGGAAAGUGAAGACGAGGCCGAAAUAACCCGAAAUCCUCAAUUACUGAGGAGGAGUAUGGUUGACUUGGGGCGCAGUCUGCAGGUGGUGGACGUGAACAGCGACCGCUCGUUCGCGCUGGACGAGGCGGCGCUGCGCGCGCUGCUGACGCCGGAGCUGCGCGCGCUGCCCGUGGCGGUGCUCAGCGUGGCCGGCGCCUUCCGCGGCGGCAAGUCCUUCCUGCUCGACUUCUUCCUGCGCUACCUCAACGCUUCGGUGAGUGCUCAUCGCCGUACCAUGGUGCGCUGGCGUGGAGCUCUCUCCAGUUUCAUAAAUAAUAUUAUUAUACAUAAUUGGUGGAACAUCCCACGCUGCAUUUCCGCUACCUUAUCGGCCAUUAAAUUGCACGUUGCGGGGCAGGUGGCCGUGGUGCUCAUGGACACGCAGGGCACCUUCGACAACGAGAGCACCAUAGGCGAGUGCACCACCAUCUUCGCGCUGUCCACGCUGCUCUCCUCGGUGCAGAUCUACAACAUCAAGGGAGACCUCGGGGGAGAUAACCUCCAACAUCUGCAGUAUUUUACAGCGAUCGCACGGCUGGUGCAGGACAAUGACGCUGGAUAUCCGUUCCAACAUUUGAAAUUUCUUAUCCGAGACUGGACUAGUGACGUAGUCAACUACCCGCACGGCGCAGAAGGUGGCCGACGCCUGAUUGAGAGGGUCUUGCAAGUUAGGCCUGAGCAACCGCCUCAGCUCCAAGAACUCCGGCGCGAUUUGCGAUCUUGCUUCGAAAAUAUAGACUGCUUCCUCAUGGCUCAUCCAGGCUACAAUGUCGGUAGACAGGGCUUUCAAGGUUGCUUAGCAGACCUUCAGCCAGAGUUUAGGACGUGCUUGUUGGAGUUGGUGCCUCUGGUGUUAGCGCCCAACCGUCUCGUGGUCAAGCGUAUCGGUGGCCAGAAGGUGACGGCGGACGAGUUCAUCCAUUACUUCAAGAAUUACAUGGACUUGUUCAACAGCGGCAACCUGCCUGAGCCCGCUACGAUACUCCAGGCGGCCGCUGAGACGGGUCUCCUGCUCGCUACGGAGGCGGCGCGCGCGGAGUUCGCGAAUCACAUGGAGAAGUGCGCGGGCGCGCGUCCGAUGGCGCCGGCGGCUGUGCGCCGCAUCCACGCGCAGGCCGUCGCCGCGGCCCGCGAACUCUUCACCGCCAGGAGGCUCAUGGGGAAUCGCCAGAACAUCGACCAGGCUCUGGCAAGAAUCACGACGGAGUUCGAAGGUCGUCUGCAAGAUUUUAUCACAAUAAACGAGGCGAAUAUGGGAAAGGCGUACAACGAAGCAGUAAGUCAGUACGUGGAGCUGGUGCUGGGGACCACGGCCGAGACGCGCCUGUGCGUCGGCCCUGCGGCCCUGGAGGACGCCCAUAGCGCCGCAUACGACACCGUUGUUCAAGGCUUCAAGGACAUGUUCGAAGUCACCAGCAGUGACAAUGAGACAAAGCAGCUGAUAAGGGAUAUAAACGCGCGUUAUGCUAGCUUGGUCCAGAUCAACGAAAUGAACAACAGCGGCCAUCUUUCUGGAGCAGUCAAUGAGUACGUGUCCGAAAUGAAUCGGCAAACCGAGGGCCAACCCUGCAUGAGCACCUCUUUGCUGAAUGUUAAGCAUGCCUCGGCGCUUCAAGCUGCUAUGGACUUUUUUAAGAGCAAACGGAACCACAGCUCUGAUCCGUCUCAUAGUGAUAGUUAUUUGGAACGCUUGGAGAGGGACAUAGUAAAUAACCAAUUGGUGAAUUAUGUUCGACUGAAUAAAGCUAACACUGCAGCAGUCGUGAUGGCGGUGGUAUCGAAUUACAAAGACCGCAUGGCUCAAGUGUUCGGCAUGCACAUGAAGUGUGUACCGCCAAGGAUGUUCGUAGAAAAAGAAAGAGACGUGAGGGUGCAGACCAGAAAGAUGUAUCAGGAAAAAAUUGAAGUUGCUGAAGGUGAACCUGAUAGCCAUUGGGUGGAAAUCGAAAGGACGAUUGACCAGCACUGCGCUCAGGUAAAAGAAAACAACGUGGAGUUGAACAUAGGCGCUGUUAAUGCCGCGAUUGAGCAGUAUCGUAAACUCAUGGACAACAAGACUGAGCCCUACCCGGCGCUGCUACGUUGGUUGCUGUCGCCGGCGCGGCUGAUACAGCUGUCGUUGGACCUGCGGCGCUACCACCAGGCCUCCAAGACCGAGGCCAUCGCCGUCUUCAAGGCCCGCCGUCGCGAUGAGCUUAUCGAACCAAAUGACGUCUACUAUGAAGAUUUAAAGGCCAAAAUCAUCGAACUUCAUAAGCGCUACAAGAACCCGCUCCAAAUAAUGGCUAAUGAACUAAGCAACCCUGCCAUGUUAGGACAUGGUGUUAUGUUAGGGUUAAAUAAUGAUGACAGUGAUGACUGAUAUAGAUCCAAAACACUGAACUGUCCUAUCUGUGACAUUGACAGCGGGGCGUCACCGUCAAUACCGGAUCGCUGGUUCCGAUUUUUGCCAUGUUGGAAACUAUAGGUACAGGUUGGAAUUUUGUAAUGCCACGUGAAGGGAAAGUACCUACUCUUAAUAUAGUAGAUAGACAUUUUUUCUCAAAGAAAACAUUCCUUUGUUUUUUAAAAGAAAUAGAAUUGCAUUCAAAGAUUUCCAUAAAUUUGCAUGCCACACCCGGGAAUCGAACGGAAAAAAAUUACA